AUGGCAUCCGUCUACAAGUCGUUACAAAAAUCUGAUUCCCUAAAAGGAAAUGAUAAGACCAUUGAGCCCAAGAAGAACAAGCAAAGAGUUCUUAUAUUGUCUUCAAGAGGAGUCACCUAUAGGCACCGGCAUUUAUUAAACGAUAUUUCGUCCCUUUUGCCUCACAGUCGAAAAGAUGCUAAACUCGAUACAAAGUCCAAAUUAUACCAAUUGAACGAAAUAGCAGAAAUGUACAACUGUAAUAACAUAGUUUUCUUUGAGGCCCGUAAAGGAAAAGAUCUUUACAUCUGGAUAAGCAAGGCGCCAAAUGGUCCAACGGUAAAGAUGCACGCGCAGAAUUUACACACCAUGGAAGAGCUCCAUUUCACAGGAAAUUGCUUGAAGGGGUCUAGGCCUAUUCUCUCCUUCGACGCUUCGUUUGAUAGCAAACCACAUCUCAGACUUCUCAAGGAAAUCUUCCUCCAAGUAUUUGGCGUGCCCAAGGGAGCUCGAAAGUCCAAGCCCUUUAUUGAUCACGUCAUGAGCUUCACUAUUGCUGAUGGUAAGAUAUGGGUUCGAAACUACCAGAUAAAUGAAGUGGAAGCAGCCAAAGCAACGGCAACCCUAGAUGAAGCCAAAAUCAGGGGAACCCACAAUGGCAAGAGCAGCGACACAGAUAUUAGUCUUGUGGAAAUCGGACCAAGGCUGGUACUCACACCCAUUGUUAUUCAAGAGGGAAGUUUCGGUGGUCCGAUUAUAUACGAGAAUAAAGAGUUUGUAAGCCCGAACCAGGUUAGAUCAGAGAUUCGGUUGAAAAAGGCAGGACGCUAUAAUUCGCGGGCCGAACAAAACGUGGAGCAGUUCGCGAAAAAAGAGGACCUAGGUUUACGGACUGGAGGAAGACAGAAGGAGAGGGAUCACCUGGAUACUGCGGAACUAUUUGCAUGA